ACAGCUGUGCCGAUAAUUAGAUUUCCAAACUUUCAUAAAUAUAUAUAUUUGUUUGUUUUAAUAGGAAAAAAAAACAUAUAUCGGAGCUCAGCUUCAUUACAGAAAGAAAUGCUGUGCACGAUUAAGCAUAAUAAUCUGCAUUUUACCCACAGUGGAGUAUAAUGUAGAAAACCAAUAUAACAUACUGCAUGCAGUAAGGAGUGCCAGGGUCAAAGUCCCACAAGCCUGAAAAGAAAUCCAUUGACUGCUGAAUGGUGUCAUGAAUCAUGUAAAGGAAAAGAGGAGUGAUGAAAAAAAAGAAGGGGAAAAAUACAUUCACAACUCUGAAGAGGUUCUUGGUUUGAAAAACUGCUUGGCUCCGCACACGCUUGGCUCUACACACCAGCGGCAGCUUGACCAGCGCUGCACGGGCCAGAGUGCUGUCCAAAUGGGGCUGGUUUGAGUGAGGGAGAAAAACGUCUGUGUGCACCUCCGUGUUCUUUUGAUGCUUGCUAGUAUUACAGUAGAAUGACUCCACUGUCAUUGGUUGAAUAGGCCGGACUGCCUACUGUGACAGAAUAUGGGCCUCUCAUACCCAAAAGGAAGCAGUGUUGCUUCUUUAAGCAGAAAAAAAGAGUGGCCAAAAAUGAAGGAGCUGCACUCGUAAUAAAUCUUUACUUUCUGUAUGAUGCAGUGGAAUAUCCCCUCUGUAUGAAAAUAAGCUGAGCACAGUCCUGCCGGGCAUGAUGAUAAGUUGAUGAGGACAGUCUGUGAUGCGUCUAGACUCCGAGCCGUGGUGGAUCUAGAAUCCAUGUCAGGUUUUAGUGUAGACCUGCGCUCAGACAGCUCCUGCAGUCGGCAGCCUGGUAUCAACUGCACUGGCGCUGUUCACUGGAAGCCCGCUCCGCGCUGCUUCCUCCAAGUGUCUCAACACUGUGAGCGGGAUCUUUUCCAGAGGCUAGCCGCUGAAACUUGCCCAGUCCCCACACAGUAUCAUUCAGGGAAGCCAGGAGAGCAGCACCGGCGGCGGCUACAGUAGCGGAGAGAGAUCUUCGUCUUCUCCCCUCCACCAGACACUGAAAAGCCCCACUCUUGUCUGUCCCUCUCAGUCACUCAAGUCCUUGUUUUUUGGUCCCCGAGCUUCGCUUCUCUUUCUUGACUCUUGUUGAUACCGCUGCUGCUGCUGCGUCGGGGAGUGAGGGCGCACGCACAGGGAGAGCCGAGACUCUAUGAGCCGCUCAGAGGUGUGCAUGAGGUGGCUGAUGAGUUAGGACUGAGCGCAGAGCAACACCUUGCGUGCCAUGGAAGUGUGCGCCCGGUGCAGGGGAAUGUACGGGCUGAAAGGGAGACCUGCCGCUUGAAAGCCAGCCUCUGUCCCAGACAAGGCGAGCAUGCCUGAGACCUGCAGACUCACUCUCUUCGCUGCAGAGGAGUUCACAUCAGACUGCCUUUCCACAAUCUGACAUUUUUUUAAACUAAUCUUUUUUAUACAGCUCACAGUUUCCUACUCACUGUCUUCAAUCAAGCCCCGCGUGGCUGCUUUUCGAGAAAGGUUAGAGGAUCAAUGAUGAGCAUCUCUGAGACCACUUGGCUUGGACUUUUCUAAUCAGAAGCUGUUAGUCACAACACAAAUCUGCCACACAACAUCAACACCUGGCACCAUGUCUUGCUCCCUGUGGAAACUACCCACUUUCUGCUGGUUUCUCAUCACUCUAGCCCAAGUACACUCCACAGAGGGGUUUAGUCGAGCUGCCCUGCCAUUUGGCUUAGUGCGGAGAGAGCUGUCUUGUGAGGGUUACCCCAUUGAUUUGCGGUGUCCAGGAAGUGAUGUCAUAAUGAUCGAAAGCGCCAACUAUGGCCGAACGGACGACAAGAUCUGCGAUGCCGACCCUUUCCAGAUGGAGAACAUAAACUGCUAUCUUCCAGACGCCUACAAGAUCAUGUCACAAAGAUGCAACAAUCGGACCCAGUGCAUUGUAAUCACGGGUUCAGAUGUCUUCCCCGACCCCUGCCCAGGGACCUACAAAUACCUGGAGGUCCAGUAUGAGUGUGUUCCCUACAGUCCAUGCCCAACCAGAAUAGGACCAAGAACACAGAAUGUAUCCUAUCGCAACUGCCCUGAAGUGGAGCAAAAAGUUUUUCUUUGUCCCGGGACUCUGAAAGCUGUCGGUGAACCUUCCUUUAUAUUUGAAGCGGAGCAGCAAGCUGGAGCCUGGUGCAAAGACCCACUGCAAGCCGGCGACAAAAUCUACUUCAUGCCUUGGACUCCAUACCGAACAGACACUCUAAUCGAGUACUCCUCCUUGGAUGACUUUCAAAAUGCCCGUCAAACCAUCACCUACAAGCUGCCGCACCGGGUGGACGGGACUGGAUUUGUGGUCUACGACGGGGCGGUGUUUUUCAACAAGGAGCGUACCCGAAACAUCGUGAAGUUUGACCUGCGGACUCGAAUCAAAAGCGGCGAGGCGAUCAUCAACAACGCCAACUACCACGACACGUCGCCCUACAAGUGGGGAGGAAAAACAGACAUUGACCUGGCGGUGGAUGAGAACGGGCUGUGGGUGAUUUAUGCCACAGAGCAGAACAAUGGUAUGAUGGUGAUCAGCCAGCUCAACCCCUACACACUACGAUUUGAAGCUACCUGGGAAACGACCUAUGAUAAGCGCUCAGCCUCCAACGCCUUCAUGGUCUGUGGAGUACUCUAUGUGGUCCGCUCCACCUACGAAGACAAUGAAAGUGAAGUCAGCAAGAGCCUGAUUGAUUAUAUUUACAAUACCAAACAGAACCGUGGGGAAUACGUUGAUAUCCACUUUCCCAACCAGUACCAGUACAUUGCAGCUGUGGAUUAUAAUCCGCGAGAUAACCAGCUCUAUGUGUGGAAUAACUUUUACAUCCUGAGGUACAACUUGGAGUUUGGCCUGCCUGAUCCGGCACAUGCACCGCCGUUUUCAGAAGUCACCACGACUCCGCCUACGAAAACGACAACCACCACAACAACAACCACAGUGCACUGGGGUGUGGACAACAAUACCACCACCACAGGGUACAAGGAGCGCAGCAGGGGAACGCCCAGGCCACGUCCUGUAAUCCCACAGACUACUUCCCCUCCGCCCCUGGAGUCCUUCCCUUUACCUGAACGCUUCUGCAAGGCAACUGAGAAAAGAGACAUAAUGUGGCCUCAGACCCAGAGGGGCAUGCUUGUUGAGCGACCUUGUCCCAAGGGAACACGAGGCACAGCAUCUUAUUUAUGUGUCCUUUCCACUGGGGACUGGCACCCAAAGGGCCCUGAUCUCAGCAACUGCACCUCCCACUGGGUCAACCAAGUAGCCCAGAAGAUCCGCAGCGGUGAAAACGCGGCUAACUUGGCCAAUGAAUUAGCCAAGCACACCAAAGGACCCAUCUUUGCCGGAGACGUCAGCUCCUCAGUGCGCCUGAUGGAGCAGCUGGUGGACAUCCUGGAUGCGCAGCUGCAGGAGCUCAGACCCAGCGAGAAGGAUUCCGCAGGACGGAGCUUCAAUAAGCUCCAAAAGCGAGAAAGGACAUGCAGGGCAUACAUGAAGGCCAUCGUGGACACGGUGGAUAACCUUCUGCGACCAGAGGCGCUCAAGUCCUGGCAGGACAUGAACAGCACCGAGCAAACUCACGCAGCCACCAUGUUACUGGAUACUUUGGAGGAAGGGGCCUUCGUCCUCGCCGACAACCUCAUGGAACCGGCUAUUGUCAAAGUUCCAGCAGAUAAUAUAAUCCUGGAAGUGUAUGUUCUCAGCACGGAUGGCCAGGUCCAGGAUUUCAAAUUUCCACAGAUCGGCAAAAGCGGGAUCUCAAUCCAGCUCUCAGCCAAUACUGUUAAGCUCAACAGUCGGAAUGGAGUUGCCAAACUGGUUUUCAUGCUCUACAAAAACCUGAGCCAGUUCCUCAGCACAGAAAACGCCACCAUCAAGAUGGACAACGACGCUUACAGCCGCAACGUCUCGGUAGCCGUCAACUCGGACAUCAUCGCCGCCUCAAUCAACAAAGAGUCCAGCCGCGUGUUCAUUAAUGACCCCGUGAUUUUUACCCUGGAGCACAUUGAUAUGGAGCACUACUUCAACUCCAAUUGCUCCUUCUGGAAUUACUCUGAGAGAAGCAUGAUGGGCUACUGGUCCACCCAAGGCUGCAAACUCCUGGACUCCAAUAAAACACACACCACCUGCUCAUGCAGCCAUCUCACCAACUUUGCCAUCCUCAUGGCACACCGUGAAACCUCUGCCAGCAGCGAAGUGCACGAGCUGCUCCUGACCGUCAUCACUCGCGUCGGCAUCGUGGUGUCCCUCGUCUGCCUCAUGAUCAGCAUCUUCACCUUCUGCUUCUUCCGGGGCCUGCAGAGCGAUCGGAACACCAUCCACAAGAACUUGUGCAUUAAUCUCUUCAUUGCAGAGUUAAUAUUCCUAAUUGGUAUCGAUAUGACGGAACCCAGGAUUGGCUGUGCCAUCAUUGCGGGGAUCCUGCACUUCUUCUUCCUAGCUUCCUUCUCCUGGAUGUGUCUUGAGGGAGUCCAGCUGUACCUCAUGCUGGUAGAAGUCUUUGAGAGCGAAUACUCGCGGAAAAAGUACUACUACGUGUCUGGUUACCUCUUCCCCGCCAUCGUUGUCGGCGUCUCAGCAGCUAUUGACUACAGGAGCUACGGGACCAAGAAAGCGUGCUGGCUAAGUGUGGAUAAUCAUUUCAUAUGGAGUUUUAUAGGACCUGUCACCUGUAUCAUCAUGCUCAAUCUCAUCUUCCUGGUGAUCACAAUGUACAAAAUGGUGAAGCACUCCACCACCCUGAAACCAGACUCUAGCCGACUGGAGAAUAUAAAUAAUUAUCGCGUUUGUGACGGCUACUAUAAUACAGAUUUGCCUGGCUAUGAAGAUAAUAAACGGUUUAUCAAAUCCUGGGUCAUGGGUGCUUUUGCUCUGCUGUGCCUGCUCGGUCUCACCUGGUCUUUUGGGCUCUUCUUCAUCAGCGAGGCCUCCAUUGUUAUGGCGUACCUCUUCACCAUAUUCAACACCUUCCAAGGAAUGUUUAUCUUCAUUUUCCACUGCCUUCUCCAGAAAAAGGUCCGCAAAGAGUACAGCAAGUGCUUCCGCCACACGUACUGCUGCGGAGGGCUGCCGACUGAGAGCUCGCACGGUUCUGCGAAGACUUCCACCACACGGACCAGCGCACGCUACUCCUCUGGCACACAGAGUCGUAUCAGGAGAAUGUGGAAUGACACCGUAAGAAAGCAAUCUGAGUCCUCCUUUAUCUCAGGUGACAUCAACAGCACCUCCACCCUUAACCAAGGAAUGACCGGGAACUAUCUACUAACAAAUCCUCUCCUGCGACCACAAGGCACUAACAACCCUUAUAACACCUUACUGGCUGAGACAGUCGUAUGUAACACUCCCACAGCUCCAGUGUUUAAUUCACCAGUGACCUACAGAGAGACAAGGCACUCACUGAACAAUGCGGUGAGGGACACAAGUGCAAUGGAUACUCUACCGCUAAAUGGUAACUUUAAUAAUAGCUACUCGCUCCGUAAUGGGGACUUUGGCGACAGUGUGCAGGUAGUAGACUGCGGCCUGAGUCUGGACGAUGCUGCCUUUGAGAAAAUGAUAAUCUCCGAGCUAGUACACAACAACCUGCGUGCCUGUAAUAAAAGCCACCAACAGCAACAGCAGCAGCACCACAGUUUACAUCAUCCACCCCACCACCAGCAGCCACCGCAGUACCACCAUCACCACCACACGGAGCGGGCUCCGCCCAAGGUGACGGUGGUAGGUGGAAGCAGCAGCGAAGAUGACGCUAUUGUGGCUGACGCUUCGUCUUUGGUCCACGUGGGUGACACGGUGGGCCUCGAGCUGCACCAUCAGCAGGAGCUGGAGGCACCUCUCAUCCCCCAGCGGACUCACUCGCUUCUGUAUGCACCCCAGAAGAAGGUGAGGACCGAUGGGGGAGUCGAUACGUUUGUCAGCGAGCUGACACCCACCAAUCCCGAUGAUAGUCUGCAGUCCCCAAACAGAGACUCCCUGUACACUAGUAUGCCUAAUCUGAAAGACUCUCCGUACCCCGAGAGCAGCCCUGAUGUUGUGGAGGACCUGUCCCCCUCCAAGAGGAGCGAGAAUGAGGACGUUUACUACAAGAGUAUGCCUAACUUGGGGGGUGGCCAGCAGCUCCAAGCCUAUUACCAGAUAGGCCGAGGGAGCAGCGAUGGUUACAUUAUUCCCAUUACUAAAGAGGACAGCAUCCCUGAAGGCGACGUACGAGAAGGACAGAUGCAGUUAGUGACAAGCCUUUAAAUGUAUUUAAAUCAUCCCCAGACCUUUCCCAGCCUUCCUGCAGCCCUGAACUCUUGGAGGACAUUAUAAAAGGGAAGGGAGGCAUUUUUCUUUACGUUUUUUUAAUGGGUUUUUUGUUUGUUUGUUUGGGGUUUGUUUGUUUAUUUGAAGAGAGCUUAAAAGCCCCGCCAUUUACACUUAGCCAUCUGCAAACCUACAUCUCCAUUGCCAUCUUCUUCUCAUGCCACCCUUCCUAACUUCCCUGCAGACCAAUAGACUUGGAGCACAGCUGUGGCAGUGCAGAGUUUUAAUGAGACUGUACAUAAAAUGCAGAGUCAAAUUUCAAUUUUAAGAGACAAGCCAACUAUGUAUUUAAAUGUGCUGCUGCUGUUGAUUAAUUGAGAAAAUUUUAAGGUACGAAAAUUUAAAAAUGUAAAAAAAAAAAAAAGGAAAAAAAAGGAAAAAACAGGAAAAAGGAAAAAAAAUAGAGAGCGAGAAA